AUGGAUUACAACUGGUUGGACCAUACGUCUUGGCAUAGCAGUGAGGCAUCCCCAAUGUCUUUGCAUCCAGUAACUUGGCAACCAUCCAAAGAUGGAGACCGUCUCAUUGGUCGGAUUUUGUUAAAUAAACGGCUAAAAGAUGGAAGUGUGCCUAGGGACUCGGGAGCAAUGCUUGGAUUAAAGGUAGUAGGAGGAAAGAUGACUGAAUCAGGUCGACUCUGCGCAUUUAUCACCAAAGUUAAAAGAGGAAGCUUAGCUGAUACAGUAGGGCAUCUUAGACCAGGUGAUGAAGUAUUAGAAUGGAAUGGAAGGCUACUACAAGGAGCCACCUUUGAGGAGGUGUAUAACAUCAUUUUAGAAUCCAAACCUGAACCACAAGUAGAGCUUGUUGUUUCAAGACCAAUAGGGGACAUUCCCAGAAUACCUGACAGCACACAUGCACAGCUGGAGUCCAGUUCUAGUUCAUUUGAAUCUCAAAAAAUGGAUCGACCCUCUAUUUCAGUGACUUCUCCUAUGAGUCCUGGCAUGUUAAGGGAUGUUCCACAGUUCUUGUCUGGACAACUUUCAAUAAAACUGUGGUAUGACAAGGUUGGUCAUCAGUUAAUAGUGACAAUAUUGGGAGCAAAGGAUCUUCCUUCAAGGGAAGAUGGGAGGCCAAGGAAUCCUUAUGUUAAAAUUUACUUUCUUCCAGACAGAAGUGAUAAAAAUAAAAGAAGAACAAAAACAGUGAAGAAAACAUUGGAACCUAAGUGGAAUCAGACAUUCAUUUAUUCUCCAGUUCAUCGGAGAGAGUUUAGAGAACGAAUGUUAGAAAUUACUCUUUGGGACCAAGCACGAGUUCGAGAGGAAGAAAGUGAAUUUUUAGGAGAGAUUCUUAUUGAGUUAGAGACAGCAUUACUAGAUGAUGAACCUCACUGGUACAAACUUCAAACACAUGAUGUCUCUUCAUUGCCACUUCCCCAUCCUUCACCAUAUUUGCCACGCAGACAGCUCCAUGGCGAGAGUCCCACACGGAGGUUACAAA